GUGGGUCGGCCCGGGAGGAACCUGCGGCCGGGGCUAUAGGAAAAGCAUCCGGAAGAGGUGUCCCGCGUGGCGGCGGGCCGGGUGCGUGGGGCCUUGGGGAGCCCACUUGGAGACUGGAGCCUCCUCCUUCGCGUCUCACCGCAUUCGGUUCUUCUUGCGCACUGAUGCGGGGAAGGCGGGAGGCCGCGAGAACCCGGCGCCUGAGGUCGUCCGCAGCCCGAGGCCCCGGGAUGGCUGAGAACAGGCCCCCAGGGCCCCAGGCAACAGCCCUGAUCUAUGAUGAGAACAUGACCCGGGUCCGGCUGCUCUGGGAUGACCCUGAGUGCGCCAUUGAGGGACCUGAGCGCCUGACGGCCACAUAUGCAAAGCUUUGUCAUCGAGGACUGGCUCAGAGGUGUGUGCGGCUGCCUGCUCGGGAGGCCACUGAAGAGGAGCUGGAGCUGGUGCACAGCCCAGAGUAUGUGGCUGUGGUGAAGGGGACCCAGACCAUGAGCAAAGAGGAGCUCCAGACCCUGGCCGAGCAGUAUGAUGCUGUCUACUUUCACCCGAGCACGUUCCCCUGUGCACGAAUGGCUGUGGGAGCCACCUUGCAGCUGGUGGACGCGGUACUGACCGGAGCUGUGGGCAACGGGAUGGCACUGGUGAGGCCUCCUGGACACCACAGCCAGAGAGACGCUGCCAACGGCUUCUGCGUGUUUAACAACGUGGCCAUUGCCGCUGAGCACGCCAAGAGGAGCCACGGGCUGCAAAGGAUCCUCAUUGUCGAUUGGGAUAUUCACCAUGGGCAGGGGACCCAGAGAGUCUUUGAAAACGACCCCAGUGUCCUCUAUUUCUCCUGGCAUCGAUAUGAGCACCAGAGCUUCUGGCCCCGACUCCGGGAAUCUGAUUACGAUGUGGUGGGUCAGGGCCCCGGCCGAGGCUUCACCGUCAACGUGCCCUGGAACAAGGUGGGCAUGAGAAACGCUGACUACGUGUCUGUCUUCCUCCAUGUGCUGCUCCCGCUGGCCAUCGAGUUUGACCCUGAACUCGUCCUGGUCUCAGCUGGAUUUGACUCUGGCAUCGGGGACCCUGAGGGUCAGAUGCAGGCCACACCCGAAUGCUUCGCCCACCUGACUCUCUUGCUGCUGCCAUUGGCCAGGGGCCGGCUCUGUGCUGUGCUCGAGGGCGGCUAUCACCUGCAGUCUCUGGCUGAAUGUGUGUGUCUGACCCUGCAGACUUUGCUGGGGGACCCUGUGCCAGCUCUCUCCGGGGAUCCAGCCCCUUGUUUGAGCUCACUGGAAUCGAUCCAGAAUGUGAGAGCAGCCCAUGCCCCGCACUGGGCAAGCCUCAGGCAUGAAGACACAGGCCCAGUACUGACUCCUAGCACGUGGCGUGGGGGUGGAGGGCCCCCCCAGCUUGGGGCCCAGUCUGUGGGGGCCACAGAUAGGCGGGGGCCCCUCUUGGACAAGUUGCUCAGCUGCCCCCCACCUCCCCCACACACCAGCAUUGGCCUGGCUGCCCCUGACUCUGCUUCUAGCCUUAACCUUCCCCCAGCUCUCCUGCAGGAGGAGGGGGCAACUCUUGGUGAGGAGGAGGCAGCCAUGUGGUCCAGGCUGGACUCGGCCUUCGUGCAGGACCAGGCCCUUGCUGCCCUGGGGAAGCUCUUGGCUCUGCUGGACAAGAUCCUGACUGGGCAGAUCAGGGCUGGGAUUGCCGUGUCUCCCACAGCGUCAGCUGCCAUGGCCGUAGCCGUCCGCAGAGGUCUCCUCAGCUGUGGGGCGCAGAGGCUGCUCUGUGUGGCUAUAGGAGAUCUGGACAUUCCUGAGGACCUGAGGGACAACGGCCGAGUUGUCCUGCUAAACAUGGGAGGGAAAGAGCAGCCGGAAGCAGCCCCAUCCCCAAUGUGCAUCCACCUGGGUGGGCGCGAGGCCACAGAGCCCGGGACCUUCCUCUUGGCCCUCACCAGCCUCAUCCUGCCUGUGGCCUACAGUUUCCAGCCAGAGCUGGUGCUUGUGGUCCUGGGGCCAGACUGUGGCCUCCGCAGCCUGGACGUGGAGCUGCUCACCAGGCUGCUCCAGGGGCCAGUGGGGGGCCGAAUGUUGCUGCUGCUGCAGAACCCUGAGCUCCCGUUGGUAGAGGCCUUGGCCUGGGCCCUGGCUGGCCGUGCCCUCCCCAGCACCCUGGGGCCCUUCUUCUCGGCCUCCCCGAAGCAAGCCUUGGCCUUAACCCACCUCUGCCGGCAGCGGCAGCUGGACUGGCCCAUGUUGCAAGUGUCCGUGACCUGAGGCUCCCGCCCCUACCUGCCUGGUCCUUGGGGCAGGUGACCCCCCGGACCAGGGACCAUCGGGCCCAUUGCCAAGGCUGAUUCAUCAGAGCUGACAGAUGGAGCCAAGACCGGGCCUGGCAGCAGAAGCAGCCGCCUCCACCACUACCGCCUGUGUGACCUUGGGCAAGUCCUGGCCCUGGCCACCUCCACGUCCUCCUCUGUACAGACUCUCUGAUCUCCCAGUUCUGAAUGGUCUGGGGCUUUAAUAAAAAUGAGAACAGC